AAGGCCUCGGACGACUUGUGGCGCUCUAACCGAUGAGCUCAGGGUCACAUUCACUGUACGCGAUCGAGGCGUCCGACCUCAGGCUUCACUGUUCCUUUCUUUUCACCUUGCUCUCAUAUUUGCGACCAGAAACCAACCGAGAACUGCUGCCGUUCGGAAGGCAGGGGGUUUUAUGUCUCUUGGGAUGCCAUUAAUCUUUAACGUCAUCAGAGAAGAAGACAUCCACAGUGUCAUGUGAGAAACUGCACUUUACACUCUGCCAGAGGAGAGACCGUGGCACCCACACACGUCGGUCUCACAGUGUGUGUUCGCACAUGAAAAGGAUAACAGGGCAGCGUCAAAGGAGGAACUAUACCACCUGCUGAAGCCUCGAAAUGUUAACCCGGUGGUUAACUUUCACAGCCCUUCUCGCUGCCUCAGCGAGUCCUCACACAGCUGCCGCCGGCCGGGGCCCUCUGACCGUUGCGCCAACCCGCAGGGUCAAAGGUCAUCAGGAGGUAGAGCUGACUUUGGACUGCGGGGACGGAAAGAAUGCAGGUGUGGUCCAGUACUGGCACACGCCCUUUGGAGACAUCCACACCCCGGGUCUCCACAGUCAUCACGUGGAACCGGUCUUCAUGCACCAGGACGGGAGCCUGGUGGUCCCCAACAGCAGCGGCCUGCACAGCGGCCUGUACUACUGCCUCCUGCGGCACACAGAGGGCACCACGCUGUGGCCGUACGAGCUCCACGUUGGUCACAACAAGGAAAAGAACCGAGAAGAUCUCAGGUUCAGGAGGGACGCUGCGCCUGAGGGAGAGGAGCAGGGGCAGGCGGGCGUCUCGGACGGGAUGUUUGCAGGAGCCGUGGCUGCAUCAGUGUUGCUGACAUUUGUGCUGGGCUUCGGCGCUGGAGCUCUGACCAGAGCUCGUGUCCUCAGGUGUUUAGGGGCAGUCACUAUAAGGAUACGAUCGGCACGGCAACGACUCCAAACUGAUAUGCCCAACCAUGGUACUGAGGUCCCCUUGACAACAGUGCCACCCGUGUGCGACAACGUCACCUCCGAGAUGGGACAAGUGCAGGACGGCGUCACCAUGGAGACAGCAGUUUCUUCGCCGACGUCAUUUCCUCCUGACAAACCUCAGAGAAGCUUCAGGCUCAAACGAGAGGAGCAGCGGCAAAGUGCUGCCAGUCUGGAGGGACGUGACCACGGGAGGGAGGAGGAGAGAAGGACAGAGGAGGAGGAAGGAAGAAGUCUGGAGGAAAAGAAACAAGGGGGUGAAGGGGAUGCAGAGGAGGAAGAGGAAAGAGAGGUCAGAGGCUUCGAUCUAUUAGGAGACGAUGGAGGGAGACAAACUGAAACAGAUGAGGACAAGCACAGUGAGGAUGGAGGAGAGAGCAAAGUGGACAAGAGACAGGAGGAGGAGGGGGAGGUGGAGGAGGCAGGUGAGCAGGAGAGAAGGAGCAGGGAGGAUGGAGAAGAGAGGAGAGGAGGUGAGCUGGAGGCUGAAGGUAAUGAGGAGAAAGGGAUAGAUAAGGAGGAGGAGGAGAAAGAGACAGAUGAUGGAGAAAAGGAGAGAGAGAAAGACGUUCGCAGAGAUUCUCAACAAUCGUCUACAGAAUCAGAAGACGCAGAGACGGACGGUAAAACACCAGAGGACACGGAGAGAAAUGGCAUCAUGAGAGGAGAUGGAGGAGGAGAGGCACCGUCCCCUCCGCCCCGCCGCAGCCGCAUAAUACGCCUGUACCAGUACAACGAGGACGGCCAGCGAUACUUCCACCUUCCGGACCCGCCCCCCGAGGACCCAGCCCCCGCCCCGAGGGCGAAGCAGCGCUCCCUCUCUCUGACGCGCCUCAAUGCCAUCAUGGCUGCCGCCUCAGCAGGGCCGCUGGACAGGAGAGAGGACGGAGAGGAGAGUCCACACUUCCAAAUGGAGAUAUGAGAGACGAAAUAAUGACAUCACGUCAGAGGAGCUUAAAAGGUUUUUUCCAUCUCCAGCCUACAGAUCUGAGGGACAAACUACACAUUGGUUGACUCCAGCUUCUGCGCAGGGUUACUGCAGUGGUCACUAGGUCUUAAGGACCUUUCUAAUACCACACUAAAGCAUUAAAACACCAGUUUCACAAUCAAAGUGAGCAGAUAAUAUCAUCCAUAUUUUUCAGUGCUGUACGUCCCAGCAGUUCAUAUCCAUCGCUAGGUAAAUAAACCAAACCUGGAGCUGGAUAUUCUUAAAAUAAAAAAGACGGACUGAUUGACAAAAAACAAUUCAUUAAGUUCAAGUUUACACAAAACGUCUUCACAGCAACUGUAGCCGCAGUAGUGACAGCAAUACAGUUGUGACGUUGCAGAACACAAUCCACCGACGAUCGCCUGCAACUAGACACGCAAACAUUUUGAAGGCCAAAGCUACUGUCCUCAGCCGGAAAGAGACGAUAUUCAAGACGUGUAAAUUGAAUUUGAGGAAAUUAAAUUCUGUUUCGAGACUGCUUUAAAGGAUAUAACCCAGAAUCACUGUCAUCAUUACAUAUUUACAGUAUAAUCGAUAUACACAGUUUUGGUUUGUACUGUACGUAAACGCUACAAAGCAGUUAAAAGUCAUCAUUUACCAUCUGUGGGACAAGCGCGCUCAACACGUUACUGGUGUUCACUUGUGUUUUCCCUCAGUCAUAUCACUUCACUUAGAUCAUUUCAGAGUUCAUUGACGAUCAGCAUUAGAAUUAGAAAGUGUUCAAACUCAGACCGAACACUCUUAACGGCUCCUGGAUGGCGGGAGCGAGAUCUACCACAGACGGUAAAUUGUCUCCUAGAUGUCUUCUUCAGGACGUGCAGCUGUGUAAAUAAUGCUGGACGUGUAUUUACAAGGUGUUUGGUGAAUAAAAAACCUACAAGUCGUGCCAAUUAUUAAGAACAGAUCGUGACACUUCCAUUUCCUUUUUAUUAUUGUGAAAACAUCUAUAAACAAGACACAAAAUGGGGGGAAUAAAUGAUAAUUGUCAAGAAAACUAAUUCAA